GGGACAAGAGGAGGUAGGAGACACGAGCGGAAGACAUGGCGGAGCGGCCAGAGGACCUGAACCUUCCCAACGCGGUGAUCACCCGCAUCAUCAAGGAGGCGCUCCCAGAUGGGGUGAACGUGUCCAAAGAGGCCCGGCGAGCCAUUUCCCAGGCGGCCAGCGUGUUUGUGUUGUAUGCCACCUCCUGCGCUAAUAACUUUGCCUUGAAGGCCAAAAGGAAAACUUUGAAUGCAGGAGACGUGCUAGCAGCCAUGGAGGAGAUGGAGUUUGAGAGAUUCCUGGAGCCACUCAGAGAAGCUCUGGAAGUGUACAAGAAGGACCAGAAGGGAAAGAAGGAGGUGAGCGAGCAGAAGCGCAAAGACAAGGAGAAGAAGAACGACUCUGAGAACGACAAGAGCAGAGAGGAUGAGGAGGAGGAGGAGCAGCGCAUGGAGGAGCCUGAGGAGGAAGCUGACGAGGAGGAGGUGGAGAACUGAGGAAGCAGGAGCACAGCUGUGCUCUCACCCCCCCCUCUCUCUUCUAACAUGAUGAGGAACCUUUAACAUCUCCAGAACCUGGACUGGAGCUUCUUCACUUCAAUUUAUUCAGAUUUUGUCUGCAGUUUAACUUUGGUUCUGCUUCAUAAAAAAAAAAAACACAUUUAAUAUUAAAUGGAUGGAGGUUCUCCAUGCAGGUCAGAACAGCUGAUAUUUUUGAUCCGUUUGUACUUUUUUUUAGAUAUAAAUGCUGAAAUCUUUCAAUAAAGUGUUUUGUAUAAAAAUAAA